CCGCCAUGUCCGCCCUGACGCGCAUCCCCCUCGCCUCGCUCGUCUGCCCGUCGGCGCCGUUCCUCGCGCCGCGUCUGCUGCGCGUGACGGUCGCUGCGGGCGGCGCUCUACAGGCGCGGGCGCUCUCGAGCACGCCGCGACGCCCCGACAACGCGGCCAAGGGCAAGAAGUCGGCGCGCCACUACUGGGAGGAGAGGCGCACGCGCGAGCACCAGGCCGAGCGGCGCGACGAGACGCGGCGCAGGCGCGGCGAGAGCGUUCCCGUCGAGUCGCCCGCGCGCAUCGAGCUGGCGCAGGCCCUGCAGACGGCCACCAAGCACCGCAACCUGCCGCUGGUGCGCCAACUCUACCCCGAGGCCCUCGCCGCCGGGCUCGUCCACAGGGCGACCACCCACGCCAUCUGCCAGCUGCUGCACACACACGUGCGCCGCGACGUCUCCCGCGAUGCCGCCUCGCAGCUGCCCGAGCUGCUCCCCUUCGCCGACCAGCUCGUCAGCGACCUCCAGAGCGGCCGCCUGCCGCCGCACCGGCAGGCCUACGUGCACCUGCUGGGCAUCUACAAGACCGCCCGCCACUUCGCCGACGGCCGCGCCCUGUGGCAGUGGCUGCACGCCCAGGACCACACCCACGUCUCGCAGGCCGCCUAUGGCGCCGCCAUCGAGCUGCUGGCCGCCGCCAACCUGCAGACACUACCCGAGCUCGAGGACCUGUACGCCGAGGGCCUCCAGCGCUUCCCCGGCACCUUUGCCGAGUACCACCUCUCGCCCGACGCCAUCGUGCCCGACCGCUCGCAGCCCGUGCACAUCCUCGGCCUGCCCACCACUCUGCUGCAGGGCAUCACCACCGCCCGCCUCCAUUUCCGCGACUGGAAGAAGGCCUACCUGGCCCUCGACACCAUCCUGCGCCUCUACCCCGCCCAGACCCCGUCCCGCUUCUUCGAGCUCUUCGUCACCCAGCGGCCCAUCGCCGAGGCCUACACCGCAUACAUGCUUGCCUGCCGCUCUGGCGUGCAGAUCGGCGGCGCCCAGCUCACAGUCCUGCUGAACAGGCUGCGGUCGGCCAUGACACAGACCCCGGUCAUGGACGAACGUCUCAAGGUUGUGCGUGCCAUCGCCAACGCCAUGUAUGCCUACCAGCAGUGCGGUGGAGGCCUUGCCAGUGUCCAUGCCGGUCAGCUCGUCAAAGCCUUCGAAGCCCUGGUCCCGCAGAAGGCCCCAGGCCAGCCGUUUACAGAAGGAGAGCAAGCCCUUCGGACAACCAUCGCCCGCACCGCCCGGGAAUACGUUACUGGCCUGGUCCAGUCUGGUCUGGUCGCCGGAGCCCACCCGUUCGCGUCUCUGACCUCUCUGGCUGGCAAGCUGCAGGAUGCAGAUCUCCUCAAACAGACACUCGACGACGCCAAGAAAGCAGGUGUCACUUUCGGCCCCGUCGACCGAAGAGCCCUGCUCACGGCUGCGGGUCUCAUCCCAGACCGCGAUCUCAUCCACGCUCUGUGGUCCAUUACCGUCACUGAAGCUGCGAGCAAAGGCACCCAGCUCAGCUACAGCGACUGGAUCACUUUUGCCAAAGCCUGCAGACGCGCCCAGUACACACAGUACUUGGACCAGCAGCUCCAAGAACAGGCGCACUCCAUUACAUCCACCAUCGAACGGCAGGUCAGCGCUACCAUGCUUGAGUCCGAGCCCGGACCUGCCAAAUCCUCUGCUGUGUACAUGACGCAAGAACAGCUGAGCUCCGGCAUCGCCCUCCUGAACGACCAACUCAAGAACAUCCAAACCGUGCUCAUGUCCGGCCAGCCCCUGAACAUGGAGCACUCCCCACUCUGCAUGCACAUCGACCCCUCGCAGCCCCCGCUCGGCUCCGAAGAAGACCUCCGCACCAUCUACAACGAGCUCACCACCGACCCCCACCAGCCCCCCGCACCCUCCACCACCACCCCGCCCGCCCUCAGUACCACAGCCAUCCCCCUCGCCACCCUGCGCUUCCUAAACUGGAUCACAGUCCACGAAAUGCUCAGCACCGCCGCCGCCCUGCCCGCACACGGCGACGCCGCCCCGCCCGACGUGCUCUUUCCGCCUGUUGCGCCGCCCACGACGCUCGCCGCCCUGCGCGACCACAUCGCGGCCCUGCGCAGCACAUUCCGCCGCGUCGAGGGCGACACGCCGGCGGACGCGCCCACCCACGCUGCAGACAUCAAGAUCCAUAAGCACACGGCGCGCGCACCGGUGCGCAAGUUCGUGUCUACGGAUCCGCGGUCUGUGGAUCCGCGCACGGGGCGCGUGGAGAAUCCGCAGGACGUGAAGACGUUAAAGUGGAACGAAGAGACGGGCGAGCUGGAGGCGCUGGCUGGUGGCGAGGAGGCUGCCCGUGUGGGGGAAUCUGCGGUUGUGGAGGAGUCUACCGUGGAGGAGCCCAGUGUGGAACACCCCAGCGUGGAACAGCCCAGUGUGCAGGACCCUGCUCCCGCGCCGCUGGACGCGUCAGGGAGUCGCUGGGUGCGCACGAAGCCUUCACGGGUGCGCUGAGGAAGCCGCGGUUGACUAUGUGGUGGUCGUUUGUUGAUACGGAUACUGAUACUGAUACCCCCUUUCGCGCUCAUAGACUGUAAUACCCUGUACGAUACACCACCAAAAUAGACACGCGCGAUGCAUAUAUCAACCUCCAGAUCCUCACACCCCUCUCGUAGAGAUUCCUAGUACACUCGCUGUCCGUGCCAUACUAUCUAGGCAGCAAAAUAGGAAGUCGACGUCCACCCUCCCGCACUCGGUCGUUGGCUCAUCACCACACCGCCAGCCUUUACUGUGUAGCAGCGGCAAAAAGCUCGCGCAACCAGCAAAAAAACAAAAACGAAUCUGGU